CCUCUAUUGUCUGAAACAAAUUCCACAAGAUCUAAAAGCCUCACAAAAGCUAUACACGAGAAUCUUAUAGUUACGCAUAUUCAAUUCGUAUACGAAUCUCCCUCAACCAGUGCAUCGAUCACCAUGAAAAUAGGUGCUAUUGAUAAUGUUUUAAGGAAAAAAAAACUACCUAAAACCAGACACGGUUUCACUCACUUCUAAAUUCCGCUCUCGGUCUCUCCUCUGUCCUCUCCGCCCUUCGCCUCACCUCGUCUCGCCGCCACCCCACCCCACACCUCACUCCCAUCGCAAGCCUAUUAGUAAAUUCAACAUUCUUCAACUUGCGUUUUCUACAUUUAUUACUAAUACUCAUCACAAAAAAAGAGGCCAUGCCGUCAAUGGCCUCCAACAAACCUAAUCACACUGCCCAAAUCAAUCAUAUCAAUAGCCCUAAACCCGACUUCAUCGCCAGGAGGCAAAAAAUCGAGAAGCACAGGAAAGCUCUGCCAAUUGCUGCGGUCGAAAAGAGACUAGUGGAGGAGGUUCGCAAUAACGACGUACUAAUUAUUGUUGGGGAAACCGGCAGUGGGAAGACAACACAGUUACCACAAUAUCUAUUUAAUGGAGGGUUUUGCCGCAAUGGUGGAGUCAUUGGGAUAACUCAACCUAGACGUCUUGCUGCUGUUACAGUCGCUAAAAGGGUUGCCGAGGAAUGUGGAGUAACAUUAGGCCAAAAGGUUGGAUAUGCCAUUAGAUUUGAUGAUGUGACUUCUCCCUCAACAAUGAUUAAAUACCUGACGGAUGGCUUGUUAUUGAGGGAAGCAUUAUUGGAUCCAUUUCUCUCUAAAUAUUCAGUUAUUAUUGUGGAUGAGGCUCAUGAGAGAACAGUUCACACUGAUGUAUUACUUGGUCUAUUGAAGACUGUUCAAAAAACAAGGUCGCAUGUACAUAAUCAACUUAUAAAAGCUGAGAAUGGCAUACAGUUGGAAAAAGAGAAUGAGGUUCUGAAGCACAAUCAAGGCAAAAAGUUAUCCCCAUUGAAGUUAAUUAUUAUGUCUGCCAGUCUGGAUGCAAAAAUCUUUUCCGAUUAUUUUGGUAGUGCUAGAGCUAUGCAUGUCCAAGGCCGACAAUAUCCUGUUGAUGUACUAUACACUCAUCAACCAGAGACUGAUUACGUAGAUGCAACCUUGAUUACUAUAUUUCAGAUACAUCUAGAGGAAGGACCAGGCGAUAUACUUGUGUUCUUAACUGGCCAAGAAGAGAUUGAAUCCAUUGAAAGGCUCAUCCAGGAGCGUCUUCCUAGAUUACCUGAGAGUAAAUGCAAGCUCCUGGUAUUUCCGAUAUUUGCAUCUCUUCCAUCAGAGAAACAAAUGAAAGUCUUCAUGCCUCCACCAAGUGGUUUUCGUAAGUGGCCGUGCUGGCUGAGAUGGACCGGGAAAUGCUACCGCCUUUAUCCGGAGAAUGAAUUUUACAAACUGAAAGCUUCUACAACACCUGAAAUCAAAAGGUGCAACCUUGCAAAUGUAAUUUUGCAGCUUAAAACUCUAGGUGUUGAUGAUAUUCUUGGCUUCGACUUCAUUGAAGAACCAGGCAGGAUGGCCAUCAUCAAGUCACUGGAGUUGUUAUUCUUGUUAGGUGCCCUUACGGAUGGAAGUAAAUUGUCCGAUCCAGUUGGUCAUCAACUGGCCAGGCUUCCACUGGAUCCGAUCUAUUCUAAGGCUCUUGUUGUUGCCAAUCAAUUUAAUUGCUUGGAGGAGAUGUUAAUAAUUGUUGCAUUGCUCUCAGUCGAAUCCAUAUAUUAUGCUCCCCGUGAAAAAUUGGAAGAGUCUCGAACUGCCUUGAGAAGCUUUUCAAGUUUAGAGGGCGACCAUUUGACGUUACUAAAGAUAUAUCGUGCUUCUGAUGAGUUUUUGGAGAAUAGCAAGCUGGUAGGUAGUUCUGAUAAGGCUGAAAAGAAACUCAGAAAAUGGUGCAAGCAGAAUUUUAUCAACAGCCGCUCUUUAAAACAUGCCCGUGAUAUCCAUAGUCAAAUACAGAGGAAUGUUCAGCAAAUGGGUCUUGGUGUGACUUCAUGUGGGGAUGACAUGCUUCCACUGCGCAGAUGCAGCCUGACGGUACUUACAGGGGUUUGUCUAGUGGUCUGACGGUGCAGAUUCAUCCUUCGUCUGUACUAUUCCGGACGAAACCAGAAUGCAUAAUCUUCAACGAAUUAGUUCGGACUAAUCAGAACUAUGUUCGCAAUGUUUCUACUAUAGAUUACUUGUGGUUACCUGAGCUGGCCCCUCAAUUCUACGCGUUACCAGAAUAGGGCUCAACGAAUUUCUUAUCUGUUUUUGCGGCAGCAGAGCCCCGUCUCUGCACAUAAGUGGCGUCUCAACGCAAAUGCCAUAGCUGCUGCAGGUGACCAUGAAAAACACUCUUCAUCUUCUCUCGCCACAUGUAAAAACCUCCACCAGUUCUUGGGUAAAUAUCAUUGUAUUUGUUUUCAAGCCUUGUUGUUUUUCUCUAUUAAAUUAACCAUUUAUUUGCUUCUGGUAUGUUUGUUCUUUUCAAAUCGGAAGUUUCACUUUGUUUUCUUUUCAUUUGAAUUUUGGAAGUGCAGCCAUUGCAUAAUUAUAGAAGCUGCCUUUUCUGGACUGUAAUGGUCAAAAUUGGCUUUUUCUUAGUUGUUUAUUUAUUUGUUCA